AUGACAGAAGCGGUGUCAGCUAACUAUCAGAGCAAACCGCUAUCUCGUGGUCAUCAACCAACGCAGAGAGAUAGAGGGGCAAAACCCAAAACUCAAGACAGCAACGCCGACUACGAAGGCGGGGCAUCGAUUGACUCUUCUGGAGACGCUUGUCAUGACUCACAACGUAACGAUAUACCUGAAGAUCCACGGGAAACAAAUUCCCGGAACAUUUCACGGAAUCAUCGCGUAGUAAAACCAAGCGGGGGAUUUCUCCAUAGCAUUACUUCCUCUUUUUUCCCUGAUCGGACGGAAGAACCCAACAACAAUAUCGAAAAAAGCAUCGCUGAACUGGAAGAUGAACUCCGUUCCAAGGAGAAGCAGUUAGAUGAGGCCAAGGCGCGCUUUCACAAACAGGGCAAAAUGCGCCAGCACCAAAUCCAAGAAAUGACCGAAAAUUGGGCAAACCAAUACAACACAAUUUGUCAGGAGCGCUCCCAUUUUGAGGCCCAAUUGAACACAACAAUGGCCCAGCUAGAAGUGGCCAAGGAAGAAAUAAAACAACAGGAAGCGGUAGUCACAAACAUUCGCUCCAGACAGAUUUCAGAUCUCGCCUCUGACGUCUCAAACGAAUUACCGGACGACAAGGUACGAGAAGCCUUGAAAGCCUUUUUCCAGGGGGAUUUCUUUUCUUGGUGCUCGGAUCUUUGCGCUCCAGAGUUGAAGGAUCCAGACCAAGUGGCAGCGCGUCUCCGUUCGAUGAAUCUCCUAAACACCAACGAGGCUUACCUUCGGUCUCCUGAAUUUCUCAAACUGAACUUGAGACUCGGUGAUGGUGAAGCGUCGCUGCCUCUGCUACAAGCCGCGCUUUCCAGCUUUCUUUGUUGCGAGUUCUUGGCAUCCCCAUACUUUCUCGUGGAUAUGAACCCUGAGUUGCACGGGGAGAGCCAAGUUGCAGCCAGUUCGGCCCUCACUUCAAUUGAGUCGACCUUGGCUAAGGUGCAACCUGAUGCCGCCAUGGACUGGCGAAUCAAUACAUUGCAAACCUUGGUGAAAUCCACACCAAUGACGACGGAGGCAGCGGAACGUUUUGCGCGAGUCUUUUUCGAGAACUUCCGGUUUUUGAUCAACGAAAUAUACUGGGACGAUAAGGACGCGAAAAGUGAUCUAACCAAGAUAAUCCUGAGCUUUGCAAACCUGUCUCUGCGACUUUGGCAGAAGAGGGGCUAUAUCAACGUGCACUACAUCAACCAUUUCGCGAACGUUCCAUUCCGAUGGAAAUCUCUCUGUAUGGAUGCUGACCCCCAGGCACUUGCCACUCUAGGCUCGCAGACAGAAGGGCGGCCUAUUGCUCUGCUGAUGAGACCUGGUAUCGUUUCACAGCCAUUGGCGAGAUCCGAUGAUGUAAAGGCAGAGGUGACCUGGCUGAAGGCGUUGGCCUGGAUCUCUAGCCGUGUGGAUGGGGAUGAAACUAUGGGGCAGUAG